AUGGCGGAAUUCGACGACCUCCCAAUUGAAGUCCAAACAAUGAUCCUAAAGGCGGCGUUACCCGAUGAGAUUCAGCUGAAGCUGCGGCACGAUAUCGAGACUCAUGUCUAUGCUAGGAAGCGUGAGGAUCACUAUAAGAGCAAACCCAAGACGGCUUUCCGUGAAGUACAAGCUCUACGACAAACACCUAUCGUUCAUGGCAAGAAGGAGAUGGUCAGCCUCGGAAGCAAGGGAAGGUUGAACCACAUCCACACUCUUGUAUGGACACCGCACUGGGUGCCUAGACUUGCUCAAAUCAACAGAUCUACCGCACAACAAGCACAGUCGCUGAUAGUGAAGGCUGUGGCGGUUGUGAUCGACGAGAGCCUCGUAUGGGAGCACAGCCCUCGGAUGGGAGGAACACGCCUGGGACGCCUUCGGAGAACAGACGUUUUCGCUCGAAAAAUUCCUCCUGUGAAGCUGCAGCUUCUUCCGCGAUGGAUUCGAUCCAACAUCAAGACUUUGUACAUGGAAGACUUGGCUGAACGCUCCAAUCUUCAUCCCGAGCUGUUGCCGUUCGCCUUCGUCGACGUAUCAGAGUUCUCGAGACUCACAGAAAUUAUGCUCUCGCCUCAAAUCAUGCAAAGGAUGUGCAUGGAUGAGAUCCGCGCCCGACUUCGCCCACACCCCGGCACACCUCGCGCCUACAGUGUUCAUGCAAAUGUAUUCAAGACCAGCGAUGACAACUUCGGCUGCGCUGUUCCUACAACAGACUGGAUCAAGCAAGACCAAGGUCUGGUCAAGGCACUCGUAGCUCGUCAUGUGGUGGACAAGGUUCGAGGCGAAGGUGCCGCGGCCGCAGAAGUCGUUGAGAGAAUCUAUCGCGACAGCAACGCGCUUGCCUAA